GAUAUAUUGGAGAAUGAGUCGAUAAACCUGGAUUGGAUGUUUCGGUUCUCUCUAAUCUUCGAUAUUGUUAAGGGAAUGCAAUACAUUCAUAACAGUGUUAUAAAGAUUCAUGGUAACCUGACCUCGUCUAACUGUGUGGUUGACAGUCGAUUUGUGUUGAAAAUCACCGACUUUGGUUUGAAUGAGUUGCGUACAAAUAACAUGUUGACAGUUGAUAUAGCCGACUCCUACGCUGACUAUGCCAAAUUACUCUACCGAGCACCAGAACUACUCAGAACCAAGACGCCAACUCGUGGCUCUCAGAAAGGGGAUGUCUACAGUUUUGCCAUUGUUCUACAGGAGAUUGUGACGAGGUGCGGGCCAUACGGUAAUAAUGAAGAGGACGACAUAACUCUUUCUCCCCAGG